GACAAUUUUAAUUGUACAAUGUACAUUGGCUUUUAAUUUUUGCGCAUUUCAAUUUAUCAUGGCCGGGUGAACAAGUGAGCGAGUGGACAAACAUUAAAACACGCCUGGCGAUUGCUGUUCGUUGCUGAAUGACCGCUGCCAAUCCAAUUAGUUGUGGACAGUGCAAACAAGCAGCGUCCAGCAGCUUCGUCGUCUAUACUCUCUCUCUUCGCUUCGCAUGUGGCUGCCGGGCAAUAAAAAUGAAAACAACAACAACGACAAAUAAUAAUGGCGGCAGCAGCAGCUACAGCAACAACGACAACAGCACAAGGCUCAGGAGGAAAAGAACCAGAGCGUGAGAAGAGAAGAGGAAGCAACUGAAAAUAUCUGUCAGCUGACGGUGUAACAAAGGCGAUAAACGAUUAACGAUUAACGAUUAAAGUGCGCAGCCAACGAUUAUCGCUGCAGUCCAAAAAUGUCGCUGCAGCAAAGCGUUCAACCAGGCAAAUGCCAAACGGAUGUCAAUAAGCGACAGCAGCAGCAACAACAACAACAACAGCGACAGUCAACGCAGCUGAUGCCGGUGAUGUUAAUGCUGCUGAUGCUGACGUUGCUCACGCGUCCAUUGAGCGCCUACUCGAACCUUAACAAGUCGGAGCACAUUUUCUCUGGUCUGUCGGAUACCAAACUGCACGAGAUCUAUCUCGACGACAAGGAGAUCAAGCUAAGCUGGAUGGUCGAUUGGUACAAGCAGGAGGUGCUCUUCCAUUUGCAGAACGCAUUCAACGAGCAGCAUCGUUGGUUCUAUUUGGGCUUCUCGAAGCGCGGCAGUCUCGCCGAUGCGGACAUUUGUUUCUUUGAGAAUCAGAAUGGCUUCUUCAAUGUGGUCACCGAUACCUACACCAGUCCCGAUGGUCAUUGGGUGCGCAAGGAUUACCAGCAGGACUGCGAAGUCUUCAAAAUGGAUGAGUUCACCUUGGCUUUUAAGCGCAAAUUCGAUACCUGUGAUCCGCUCGAUUUGCGGCUUCAUGAGGGCACCAUGUAUGUGGUUUGGGCUCGUGGCGAAUCUGAGCUGGCCCUAGAGGAUCAUCAGUUUGCGCUGCCCAAUGUGACGGCACCGCAUGAGGCUGGUCUCAAGAUGUUGCAACUGUUGCGUGCCGAUAAGAUUCUGAUACCCGAAAGCGACCUGAAUCAAAUCGAAAUCACAUUGGAGCAGGCUUCAGUUCCGGUGCGUGAAACAACGUAUUGGUGUCAUGUCCAGCGACUCGACGAUGUGACAAAGCAGCGACUGCACAUUGUGCAAUUCGAGCCAAUCAUUAAAACACCGGGUAUCGUCCAUCACAUGGAGGUCUUUCACUGCGAGACGGAUCCGCAUGUGGAGAUACCCCUCUAUAAUGGUGAUUGCGAGCAGCUGCCCGCCGAGGCGAAAGUCUGCUCCAAGGUGAUGGCAUUGUGGGCCAUGGGGGCGAGCACAUUUACGUAUCCACCAGAGGCUGGCCUGCCAAUCGGUGGUGAUGGCUAUAAUCCCUAUGUGCGACUCGAGGUGCACUUCAAUAAUCCCGAACUCCAGACAGGUCUCGUGGAUAGCUCGGGCUUUCGCAUUAAAUUGUCAAAGACGCUGCGUCAAUACGACGCCGGCGUGAUGGAACUGGGCCUGGAAUAUACCGAUAAAAUGGCCAUACCACCAGGACAAACCGCCUUCCCGCUAAGCGGCUACUGUGUCGCCGAUUGCACACGGUCUGCGUUGCCGAGGACGGGCAUCAUCAUCUUUGGAUCGCAGCUGCACACGCAUUUGCGUGGCGUUCGCGUCCUCACGCGACACUUUCGCGGCGAACAGGAGUUGCGCGAGGUGAAUCGCGAUGAUUACUAUUCGAAUCAUUUCCAGGAAAUGCGCACGCUGCAUUACAAGCCACGCGUUUUGCCGGGCGACGCAUUGGUCACCACAUGCUAUUAUAAUACGCUUGCCGAUGCAAAUGCCACGCUUGGGGGAUUCUCCAUCAGCGAUGAGAUGUGCGUCAACUAUAUACACUACUAUCCGGCCACCAAGUUGGAGGUGUGCAAGAGUUCCGUUUCGGAGGAGACGCUUGAGAAUUAUUUCAUCUACAUGAAACGGAAGGAGCAUCAGCAUGGCAUCCACUUGAACGGGGCACGUUCGGUGAAUUAUCACAGCAUCGAGUGGACACAGCCGCGCAUUGACCAGCUGUAUACGAUGUACAUCCAGGAGCCGCUUAGCAUGCAAUGUAAUAGAUCGGAUGGCCAGAGGUUUGAGGGUCACAACUGGGAGGGCGUUGCGACGACGCCAGUGCAAAUCAAAAUACCCAUCCAUCGCAAAUUGUGCCCCAACUACAAUCCGCUCUGGCUGAAGCCAUUAGAGAAGGGCGAGUGCGAUUUGCUUGGCGAAUGCAUCUACUAGAAUGUGAAUGUGAAUCGAAAUCGGGAUGCGAAUGCGAAUGCAAGUGUGGCAAAUGCGAAUGCGAACUACGGAUUGCAAUUGUAAUGGAUUAGAUUGCAUUUGUGUUGUGGGUCACGGGACGGGGCGGGCAGAAAAUUAAAGGGGGUACACACACACACACACACACGCACACUGAGUUGUAACUGUGGAUUUACACGCUGUUUUUGCCGCUUCUGAUUUCCACUUUCUUGCUAUAUAUAUAUUUUUUUUUUGGUGUGUGGUGAAUUUGCUACGAAAGUGGAAACGUAGAAACUUGGCAAAGCAGCUUCUCCAUUAUAUUCAUUUUAAUGUUUUUUUUUUCUUUCUUCUCUUCUGCGUCUUCUCUUGUUGUGAAUUGUCAUCAGCAGCAGCAGCGGCAGUUUUAUCGUGAAAUGAAAUCGAGAGAAGACAAAAGGCCAACGAGGCGAGCGAAUGUGCAAAACUUUCUCUAAAUAACUAAUGAAUCUUCUUUUUUGUUUUCGUUUUGGGAGGCUCAACUCGAGUUGAGUUGAGUUGAGUUCGCUUUGCCUUUGAAAUUGCUGCCAAUUGCCGACAGCGGACAAAAAUUGUAGCAUACUUUUCAGCGCCAGCUUAAAGCAAAUGACACAAACAAAGCAACAACAAAAAAAAGCAAUGCCAAAGAAAACGACGAUGAACAAGAAAGAUGAAAGCAGAGAGCAUAAAUAUGAGAGAUGGGGAGAGGGGGAUGGCGUCGAAUGGUCGCUUGGGGCGAGGCAGUUAGGGGGGAAAGAGAGACGACAGCUGAAACAGUUUUCAAUGAGCUAACGGCACUGUUUAUACAAUAUAAAUGAGCCAACUUUUGAGCCAGAGUCGGCAUCAUGCGAAUGGCAAGAUAAAAGGAUGCGACUGCAUCAACUGCAACAGCGACGUGGCAAACUCUAAUUACCAGAGCCAGAGAAGAGCCUACAGCAAUCGUCUCUGCUCCCCCCUCAUUCUCUACCUCUUCCAUUCUAAUGAAUGCAACUCUUGAGAGGGGACAAUGCCAACAGCCAGGCAAAAGUCCUGACCAAUACAUGACGAUUGAAUGUGCACAAUCGCACAACAUUUGCAAUUAUUUGCAAUGCAGCUCUAAUCAUGCAUGGCCAACUCUCUUAUUCAUACAACAUGUUUAGCAUAUACUAUAUAUAAACUACGCUCGCUUGCAUUCACAAAAGCUAAUCAUGGUUAAACUUGCAGUGAAUAUAAAUAUUUCGAGUAUAGUAAGUACAUUCUAAGCAUUCACAUUGACUGCAGCCAUUCAGUCUCUGUGUUUGCUUGCCAUUCACACAUCUUCGCAAAAACUUCAAAGCGUGCGUGACACGACCUUGCACGACUCACGUCUCUUUGCAAUCUAGCUUGUUCACUCCACUCACUGAGUGAUGCGUUUAUGCUCUUCAUUUUGAUACCCACUUGCUUGCUACUGAUCUUAGUAGCUUUGGUUCAAAAUCUGGUAUAUUUUAGGUGUAGUACUAUAUCAAUAUACUAAAUAUUACCUUUGGCAUAUUUUCGAUAUGCAUUGGUAUAUUUUGUUGUUCAUAGUAUAUUUUAAAUAUAGUACUAUAUCA